AUGCGGAGGCGUGCCGAUGACGAGUCACCACAGCGCACGUGCAAGCUUGUUCCGCCUUGCAAGCAAGUGAACCAUGGCCUAAGCACAGGGAAAAUCGGAAAAUAUUGCUUUACAGAGGAAACACUGAAACACGACAUCGCGGCCUUGAAGAGGGGGGAGAUAUACGAGAGGGACGACUUCUUCCUCCGAGCAAAGGCAUGGUACAAGGCCGAGAUUGACCGGUUACUACACCUGGAAACGGUAAAGGGGGAGGCGGCCCAGUCGAAGACGGGAGAUAUCGACUCGAAAACACUCCAAGUAGGACCGCAGCCGCAGACAGCAGUCCGCAGAACCAAAACCCCAGCCAGAGCCCCCAGCCGCAUCCAGCCCGACCGCGCAGCCAAGCGAAAAGUCGCCGAAUACACCGCCCCCAAACGGCCCCCACCACGCAAGAAGAAGGGGCCGCUCCUAAUCCCAGUGCAGGGCACAGGAUCUGUUGAGUCCGCCCAGGAGCCAGAAACCAAGGGUGACUACGUCUUGGCCGCGGAUGACUGGGCCCGCUUCGUGAGCGGCAACAGGGAGGAGCACGACCGCUCGCCCUGGUCUUACAUCCAGUUCCAGGGGCUAGAUGUGGCCUACUUCUGCAUGCGGCUGGAGAGGGCUCUGCAGGAGAAGGUCGAGGAGAUUGCCAGCCGAAUCAAUAUACAGGAAAGCCCAGAACCGGAGGAAGAGAGCAAAGUUUGCGAUGGCAUCUUCUUGCCUUCGAAAUCGGACGCCGCCGCAAGCCAAAGUGCCCCUCCCCAGUUCCAAGCCCACCCCCGCCCUCGCCUCAACUUCCGCUGCGCACUAGGCCACUCCUACCCAAGACCGGCCCCCUUCUCCCCCAAGGCCGCCCUCGCACCGGGCGAGGACUGGCGGCCGCCCACCACGACCCGUGGCACCAAGAUCGAUGCCGUGAAGACAGCCACAACACCACCACCCACACCGACACAUGAUACCACCACCACCACUAACAACAGCAGCAGCAGCAGCAGCAACAGCAGCGACAGUCUCCCCAAGAUCACCAGCUGGGCAGCAGCCGAGGUGCGCCGGCGCGAGGAACUAACCAAGCGAGCCGCCGCCGCCGCUACCUGGCAGACCCCCUCCCAGACUGCUCCCGCAGCCGCCCCGACGACCAAGCAGGCGCCCGAGGCGGAGAUGGAGAUCAGUCCGACGCUGGGGCGGUGGCGGGCGCCUCAUGCACGGCGGGCUCCGGGCUCGGGCUCGGGCUCGGGGGUGGUGGAGGGCAGCGAGGAUUCACUGUUGUUGUCGCUGCCUGUGGAGGAUCUGGCGCGGAAUGUGGUGGAGGUGGGCGGGUUGCGGUUUGCGGUUGAUGUCUGUGGUUGUGCUUCGUCCGACUUGGGCGGCUCGUUCGGGCGGGAUGGGGGCUUGAUGGAAGGGGGAUGGGGGGAAGAGGGGGGUUGUGGGUUGAGGGUGUUGAUGUUGUAA